GCGGCUCCCUCUGAUUUUUUCGACUAAUAAUUUUCCGCAAAUUUCUUCAAAAAAAAAAAAUUGUACCUACUAGAUUCAUACAAUAUCUCCAUAAUGACGAAGAAAAAGCCCAUGGGAGCUGGCUUGAGCCGCGACGAGCGAAUGCUGAUCGUGGUUGGUGAAAUCAUCCAGGAACUGCUGAAAGCGCACCAUGAGGGAAAGGAUGUAAAUCUGAAUCGGCUCAAGACGCGCCUGGCAUCCAACUAUGGUCUGGACAGUGCUCCCCGGCUGGUGGACAUCAUUGCCGCCGUACCGCACGAGGCCAAACCGAUCCUCCUGCCGAAACUGAAGGCGAAACCCAUCCGAACCGCCAGUGGGAUUGCGGUCGUGGCGGUAAUGUGCAAGCCUCACCGAUGUCCUCACAUCAACAUGACCGGAAACAUUUGCGUCUACUGCCCGGGUGGACCGGAUAGUGAUUUUGAAUAUUCUACACAGAGCUACACCGGAUACGAGCCGACUUCCAUGAGAGCAAUUCGUGCCCGAUAUAAUCCCUUUUUGCAGACGCGCCAUCGAGUGGAACAGCUGAAGCAGCUCGGGCACUCGGUGGACAAGGUGGAAUUCAUCGUGAUGGGUGGAACGUUUAUGUGUUUGCCGGAGGAUUAUAGGGACUACUUUAUCCGAAAUUUGCAUGAUGCUCUGUCCGGGCAUACAAGCUCCAGUGUUGAGGAAGCUGUGCGUUACUCGGAGAAGUCUCACACGAAAUGUAUUGGAAUUACAAUCGAAACCCGGCCGGAUUAUUGUUUGAAGCGGCAUCUGUCGGAUUUACUGGCGUACGGAUGUACUCGGUUGGAGAUCGGAGUUCAGUCGGUGUACGAGGAUGUGGCUAGGGAUACCAAUCGAGGCCAUACGGUGAAAGCAACCUGCGAAAGUUUUCAGAUGUCGAAGGACGCGGGAUUCAAGGUGGUGUCUCAUAUGAUGCCGGAUUUACCGAACGUUGACAUCGAGAGGGACGUGGAGCAGUUUAUUGAGUUCUUUGAAAAUCCAGAUUUUCGCGCCGAUGGCUUGAAGAUCUAUCCAACGCUGGUGAUUCGUGGUACGGGAUUGUAUGAAUUGUGGAAAACGGGACGGUACAAGAGUUAUCCGCCUUCGAUGUUGGUCGAUUUGGUGGCGAAGAUCCUGGCGUUGGUACCUCCGUGGACUCGGGUCUAUCGUGUACAGCGUGAUAUUCCGAUGCCCUUAGUCAGUUCCGGCGUGGAACAUGGUAAUCUCCGAGAGUUGGCACUUGCCCGGAUGAAGGAUUUGGGCACGGAUUGUCGGGAUGUGCGAACCAGGGAGGUGGGAAUCCAGGAGAUUCACAACAAGGUUCGUCCUUACGAGAUCGAGCUUAUCCGGAGGGAUUACGUGGCGAAUGGCGGUUGGGAGACUUUCCUGUCGUACGAAGAUCCGAAGCAGGACAUAUUGGUGGGUUUGUUGAGAUUGCGCAAGUGCUCGCCGGAUACAUUCAGACCGGAGCUGGUGGACAAUUGUUCGAUAGUGAGAGAACUGCACGUCUACGGGUCGGUUGUGCCGGUGAACGCGAGGGAUCCGACCAAGUUCCAGCAUCAGGGUUUCGGAAUGUUGCUGAUGGAGGAAGCGGAAAGGAUUUCUCGGGAGGAGCACGGAAGCAGCAAGCUGGCGGUUAUUUCCGGGGUCGGAACGAGAAACUACUAUCGCAAGAUGGGAUACGAGCUGGAUGGGCCGUACAUGUCCAAGAUGUUGGUUUAAGGUAAGUUGAAGAAGUCUCUGAAUUGUUACAUGUGAAAUAUUAGUGAAGAGUACCCAA